GCCCCACUUCCGUCAUCAUUCCGUAGUUAGCUGGUCAGCGCCGAGGAGACUGCUAGCGAGCUAGUGUAGGUCAGAAUAGCGAAGUGCAAGAUUGUUUGGUUUAGCUAGCUGAUUACAGUUUAAGCAUUAGUUUAGGGUUCAGUAUGGCUGAUAAAAUGGAUAUGUCUUUGGACGACAUAAUCAAACAAAACAGGCAGCAACGUGGGGGUGGAGGAGGCCGCGGAGGUAGGGGGAAUCGAGGCCGGGGUGGUUCGGGCGGCGGACGAGGCGGCAGCGUCGGUCGACUUGGAGGUGGAGGCGGCUUUGGGGGCCGAGGAGGAGGAUCAGGCCCUAUGCGGAAUCGACAGAACCUGAGCCGGGGUAGAAGCAGACCAACGCCGUACAGCAGGCCCAAACAACUCCCGGACAAGUGGCAGCACGACCUGUUCGACAGCGGCUUCAGCACCACCGGCGCGGGCACGGGGGGCGGCGUCGAGACGGGGGGCAAGCUCCUCGUGUCCAACCUCGACUUCGGGGUGUCGGACGCAGACAUUCAGGAGCUGUUUGCGGAGUUCGGGACGCUGAAGAAGGCGGCCGUGCACUACGACCGGUCGGGGCGCAGCCUGGGCACCGCGGACGUCCACUUUGAGAGGAAGGCCGACGCGCUCAAGGCCAUGAAGCAGUAUAACGGUGUUCCUCUGGAUGGAAGGCCAAUGAACAUCCAGUUGGUGACCUCGCAGAUCGACACACAGCGACGGCCUCCGAUGCAGGGGCUGAACCGCGGUGGCGGGGUGAUGAACAGGAUUCGCGGUGGAGGGUUCACGGGCAUGCAGAGACGGGGGGGGUCGCGGGGUGGCGCCAGGGGCAGAGGGCGGGGGGGCGGCGGCAGGAGCAACCCCAAGCAGCAGCUCUCAGCCGAGGAGCUGGACGCCCAGCUAGAUGCCUACAACGCGCGGAUGGAUACCACCUAAGAUGUCUGCCCCAGCUGCAUUUCCUGCUCUGGCCAGAGGGGGGCAUCCUGCACCCACCGGGGGGGAGGCGGUUUUUACACUCUCCAGUCCUCGAAUUUGUUUUAAAUUUGUGUAACAUUAUUUUAUUUCUCCUUUUAAAUGCUCUGUUUUUGUACUAUUUUUUGGAAAAAAUUGACUGGUUGUCUGACUGUAGGAUGGAGGGGAAUGGUUGUUGCUUUGCCUCUCUUUAGAUUCUUGUAAUAAACCUGCAGUAUACA